CAUGAUGGACGGUGAUGUGUUGGCUGUAUUGGAAAAUGAUGAUAUAUUUCGACAGUUUCUUGAAUCGUCAUUUGAUGUUAAGGCUUAUUCCAACAGAGCCAUACAAGGCUUGGCCAUAUCUGAACAGCUGGGGAAACUUGCAGAGGGCAUUUCCCUACUUGACAAAGAAAUACACUCACAGAUUGUAGAACAUCAUGAAGACUUGUUAUCGCAGGCAACAAGUGUGGAGACUCUGGAAGGUGUCCUACAAAUGAUGCAGACACGAAUCCAGUCUCUUUUGGCUGCAAUGGACAGGAUAAGAACAAAGGUUACAGAUGUUUACAACAAAAUACAGUCAAGAACAAUCCAGCUCCGACAUUUGCAGACAACGUGUGACCUGCUGCGUAGAACUAUCAGAGUUAUGUACCUUAACAAGCGACUACACAGUCAGCUGCAGGGAGGUGCUAGAGAAAUCACCAAGGCAGCACAGAGUCUGAAUGAACUUGACUAUGUCUGUGAGGGAGUGGAUCUCAGUGGUAUUGAAGUGAUUGAAACAGACCGCAGAUUUAUAAAACAAGCACGGAAAGAGGUUGAGACUCAAGCUCAGAAAAUGUUAGAGCAGGGCAUGGAAACACAGAACCAGACCCAAGUGGCCACGAGUCUGCAGGUGUUUCACAAUCUGGGCUGCCUGAGUCAGGUGGUCGAGCGUGUGGUUAAUGACUGUAAGGAACACCUCCACCGUAACAUCCGCAGCUGUCUGGAUGUACAGGCACUGUCUCAACAACAGUCCAACACAAGAGGUGGUCCCGGAAAGGCCGCCAUGCCAGCUCCAGGAAACACUGCAGCAUUUCGAGCCAUGCUGUGGACGAAUAUGGAGAAAUUGAUGGACAGCAUACAUGCAUCUUGUGCACAGAUGCAUCAUCUACAACAAGUGCUUGUCAAGAAGAGAGAUCCUGUUACACACAUCUGUUUCAUUGAAGAAAUAGCCAAACACCGGAGUGAUGAUGUAAAUAUUAUGCAUGAGUUCUGGAUUAGUGUAACCAACAUGUUGACAAAUGAGUUCAGAGAAGCUGCUGAAACUUCCACAUUCCUGAAACAAGCCUUUGAAGGGGAGUACCCAAAGCUGUUACGUCUGUACAAUGAUCUGUGGAAGAGACUGCAGCAGUUCAAUAUCAACAUGGCUGUCAGUCCGGGCAGCUCGGACGUCGCACCGGUCGAUGAUGUCAAGAAAGUGGAUAGUUCCGUAAAGUCAGAUAGUGACAGCAAGAGAUAUGACUCUGAGGCAGCUCUGCGAGAGACGCUGUGCAGCUUUGAGAAUGCCUACUUGUCGAGAUCUCUGUCUCGUCUGUUUGACCCCAUCAACCUGGUGUUUGCAAGCGGCUCCUCCAAUCCACCAACAUCUGAGGAGGUGGAAAACAUCGUGAAGACAAUUUCAAGUGAACUGAAUGUGGCAAAUGUGGACAGCAAAUUGAGUAUUACAGUGGCUAAAAAUGUGGCCAAGACGAUCAAGCUUUUCUGUGUGAAAAGUGAACAACUGCUGACUACAGACGGUGAAGCCAGCCAAGUGAUAGGACCACCAACACCAGGACAGAGCCGGAAUGCGUCGGUCGUGAAUACACUGUAUCAGCUGCAUCACUCCAUGGCAAAGGUAUUGUCAAAUAUUGGUCACUUCGCCCAAGAAGCUCAAGAUUCCAUUCAGACAGCACUAGAGAGUGUUGUGUUGUUGAUGGGUACAUCUAUUAACCCUUUGUUGUCAUCCAUCUCCGAUGCACUGGAGGCCAUCAUUCUAACCAUUCACCAGGAGGACUUCUCAGGACCUGCCCCAGCUGAUGGUCAGACGGAUCCCCCGUGCUCUCUCUACAUGCGAGAACUUCAGGGAUUUGUCAUACGCUGUCAGUCAGAUUACUUGUCACAGUUCAAGUGCAAAGACUUUAUCAUGGACAGUAUCCAGUUUAUCGCGUGUCGCUGUGUUAACCUGUUUAUCCGCCACGCCACUCUGAUCCGCCCACUGGGAGAGGGUGGUAAGCUACGCCUUGCUGCCGACUUUGCACAGAUGGAACUGGCAAUAUCACCGUUCUGCAGGCGGGUUUCUGAUCUGGGGAAAUCCUAUAAAUUGUUACGGUCUUUCAGGCCAUUGCUAUUUCAAACUAGUGAACAUUUGUCACAAAGUCAGGCGUUAGGGGAGAUAAUUCCAUACAGCAUCAUCAUUCAUUUUCUUUUCGUAAGAGCUCCACCGGAACUCAAAUCACCACAUCAGGCAUCGGACUGGUCAGUAAGUCGGUAUUCACAAUGGCUCGAUGAUCACCCGUUAGAAAAUGACCGUCUCCUCUUUAUCAAGGGCACAUUAGAAGCAUACAACAAACUGGUUCGUCAGAGACAAGGAAAGCAGUAUGCCUCUGUUUACCCCAUCAUGGUGGAACUGUUACAAAAGGGUUUACAGCAGUCUUCCUAGCACUGUUUUAUCUUUGGAUUAUUGUUAUUUAAUUCUCAUUCAUGGACAGAUGUCACUAGUGAGCUCAGAGAUUCUGCCCAGGAGGGCUGUGCUUGAACCUUCAGUGGGUGUAAUCAUGUGGUUUUGUAAGACAAAAUAUUUGAUAAUGUUAAACAAGAAACUGGUAAAAAAAAGUGUGAAAUAAAAAUUUAAUGUAGCGAUAUAGGUCUAGCUGCUUCAGACAUGAUCUCAUUGCAGUGAAUAUGUGAGGCAGCUGUUUUUCAGUACACACAGAACAUCAUGAUUACAAACAUACUGGCUUUAUAUUUGUGUGAUCUGUGAUGUCAUUUCUGGAAAACUGCAAAUUCUGACACUAAAUGAUUCCUUCUUAUGUUCCAAAUGAUGAUGAUUUUACAGGAUGAAAAUGUUUCACUUUCUCUGCAAUUUCAAUUUGUCAGAACUGACUUUGUCUUCUGAGCAAAAAGGGGGACAUAGCUCAGUAGUAAAGCACUUUCUUUCUUAUGCACAGUCUGUCUAGGAUUGAUCCACAUCAGUUGGCCCAUUGUACUAUUUGUCGUUCCAGCCAGUGCACCAUGACUGGUGUCAAAGGCUGUGGUAUGUGCUAUUCUGUCUGUGGGAUUGUGCAUAUAAAAGA